AUGGGCGCACACUCUGCUGUUUGGCAAGGUUAUGUCGACUCCAGCCUGAUGGGCUCGGGUCAAUUCGACAAGGCCGGUAUUCUGGCCGCUGACUUCUCCGGCCUCGAGGCUCAGUCUCCUGGUUUCCAGCUUUCCCAGGAGGACAUUAACUCCUUGGCUGCUGCCUUUACUUCUGAUGCUACUGCUUUCGCCAAUGGUUUCUCUAUUGGUGGUGAGAAGUUUGUUACUAUCCGCGCGGAUGCUCGCUCCCUAUACGGAAAGAAGGGCAAGGAGGGCGCUAUCGUUGUCCGUGCUUCCGCUUGCACUAUGAUCGCCCACCACGGAGAGAACGUUCAGACUACCAACGCUGCUACCGUCGUCGAGAAGCUCGUCGACUACAUCAACAACCCCCAGUAA